AUGAGAGCAAAGGCCAACGAUAUCCUCGCCGCCCUAGACCUAACCAUCGUCACCACCGCCUUCCCCACCAUCUCCGAGCACUUCCACACAAACGCAGGCUACAUCUGGGUGGGCGCCGCCUACAUUCUUGCCGACGCGGCCUCGACGCCUGUCUGGGGCAAAGUAAGCGAUAUUUGGGGCCGUAAAACCGUGCUCCUCAUUGCUAUUGCCGUCUUUUUCAUUGGUAGUGCGUUGAGUGCCACGGCCGUUAACAUGGUGAUGUUGAUUGCGGGACGGACGGUGCAGGGUUUGGGUGGGGCAGGGUUGGUCAAUCUGUCGAAUAUCGUGAUUGCGGAUUUGUUUUCUAUGAGAUAUGCUCUUCUGUGGAUAUCCAUGAUUGAUUGA